UAUUAUUAUUAUUAUUAUUAUUAUUAUUAUUAUUAUUAUUAUCGCUGUAUUCUUUAAUUUAAAAUGUUGAAAUUAAUUGUUUUAGCUGCUUUAGCCGCCAGUUUGGUCAAGUCGGAAGAUUGUGCCAAAUUGUAUUAUCAAUGUGGAGGUAUUAACUGGACUGGACCAACCUGCUGUGAAAACGGAUACACAUGUUAUUCACACAAUGAUUAUUAUCACCAAUGUACUUAUGUUGGAGAAUUUGAAACGUAUGGUAAUGGGGUUAGCACCAGCGAGAAAAGCGCUGUUUCUGAAGCAAGUGUUACAAGUGAAGUUGAAACCACAACAGUUAUCAAAGAUACAGCAGUUACUAUUAUCAAGACGGUUACUUCUGAGUCUGCUAUUGAUGUUGAAAGCACUUCCAGUGAAGAAUAUGGUACAUUUGAGACCAAAACCAGCAGCACUAAAACCAGCAGUACAGAAAGCAGGACAUUGGUGACUAGCACUACGUCAACCAAAUCAACAGCCAAAUCCACACCCACAAGCAGUGGAGAGGAAACGUUCCAAGUUAUUUCAAGUGGUGAAAAGGGCCAAGGUACCACCACCAGGUAUUGGGAUUGCUGCAAACCAUCGUGUGCAUGGAAUGGUAAGGCCGAUGUGAAGAAACCAGUGGAGGCCUGUUCUGCUGAUGGUAACAAUGUGAUUGGGGUUGAUGUUCAAUCAGGGUGUGUUGGUGGAUCAGCGUACAUGUGCAACGACCAACAACCAUGGGCAAUCAGCGACAGUCUAGCGUAUGGAUUUGCUGCUGCUGGGUUGAAUGGAGGCAGCGAGUCGUCAAUGUGCUGUUCGUGCUACAAGCUAACGUUCACGUCUUCAUCAAUUGCAGGUAAGACGAUGGUGGUUCAAGUGACCAACACUGGUAGCGACUUGGACUAUGGCAAGAACCAAUUCGAUAUUGCACUCCCAGGUGGUGGGAUGGGAAUCUUCAGCGGCUGCCCCAAUCAAUUUGGCUCCGGCUUCUCCUGGGGCCAACAAUAUGGUGGUAUUUCGUCGCAGUCUGAGUGUGCUGGUCUUCCAGAGAGCCUUGAAAGUGGAUGCGACUUCAGAUUCGACUGGUUUGAGGGCGCUGACAAUCCAAGUGUUGAUUUCGAAAGAGUUGUUUGUCCAGCUGAGCUUGUAGCCAAAUCAGGCUGUUCUCGAAACGACGAGUAGAAGGCCUAUAUAGGGAUGGUUGUCUGGUGUUGAGUACCAAUUAUAUAUUUAAAUCAGUAUAGUCAAUUGAAAAAAGCAAACAAUAGCAAUAAACAGUAAGUAUCGAGAUACAAUUAUAGUGCC